AUGUACAAGGCACUGGUGGGUGAUUUGAGUCACAUGUUGUUUGUGUCAUACGGAUACUAUGACACAGGAUAUGAAAUAGAGGUGAUAUCGUAUGGUGAUGGAGAUAAAGAGUACGGUUUCAUGAAUAAUAAAAGUAAUGUAAUAUAUCAAAUAUGCGAUAUAUAG